AUGGUGUACAACUGGGCCCGGAUGUUCAGAGUCGAGAAAGACGUCAAGAUGUGCCUGUCGAAUGCAGAUCAUCAGAAUUUCUUCGGCAUUGAUGAGAACCUAGGUCCCGUGGCAGUGAGCAUUAGGAGGGAGAGAGUAGAUGAUGGCAGCGGUAGUCUCUCCCUCCUCUACCAGCACCGUAUCAUCAUGAGAACUAGCGAGCUUCCGGCGCUGCGCGGCACCGUCGUCGAGGAGAGCAUCCCGGCGACGACGAAGCCGAGCGGCUCGCGGCCGCUGCCCGUCAAGGACGUGCUGGAGUACGUCGUGCCAGACCUGCAGACCUGCUGCCUGAAGCUAGCGACCAGCGGCCCGCAGACAUGCCAGCAGCUGAUGAAGGUCGACGAACAAGUGAUGACGCCACACUACAAGAUUGGCAUCAUGUACUGCAAGGCUGGUCAAUCAACCGAGGAGGAGAUGUACAACAAUGAACAUUCUGGUCCUGCCUUUGACGAGUUUUUAGAAACGCUGGGCACUAAAGUCAGACUAAAGGACUUUCUCAAAUACAAAGGCGGCUUGGACACAAAAACUGACUCAACUGGCCUCUAUUCACUGUAUGCAACCUACCAGGAGUAUGAAGUGAUGUUUCACGUGUCCACAAUGCUUCCCUACUCGCCCAACAACAAGCAGCAGCUGCUGCGGAAGCGUCACAUCGGCAACGACAUCGUGACGAUCGUGUUCCAGGAGCCCGGCGCGCAUCCGUUCACGCCGAAGACCGUGCGCUCGCACUUCCAGCAUGUGUUCAUCGUCGUGCGCGCCCACGAGCCGAAUACAACCAACGUCAAGUACAGUGUGGCAGUGACCAGGUCCAAAGAUGUCCCAGCAUUUGGGCCAGCCAUCCCAAAGGAUAAACUCUUUUCCAAGUCAAAGGACUGUGCUGAGUUUAUAAUAGCCAAAGCGAUAAAUGGUGAAAAUGCUGCUCACCGGUCAGAAAAGUUCAUUGCCAUGGCAACCCGAACGAAGCAGGAAUACUUGAAAGACCUAGCGACCAACUAUGUUACUACGACAUCACUUGAUUCUGGCCCCACCAAAUUCAGCAAGUUUUCUCUCAGUACUAAACGCAAGGAUAAGCCUCGGCCAAAGCUCAUCACCGACGCCUUUGUAAAGGGAGCAUUAGUGUGGCAAGUGCAGACGGAGGACUUCAGCCAGUCAAGUCAGUUAGACUGUCUCCUUGGUAUCUCCGUCGAGCACAUAGUUCUCGUAGAGGAGACGAGCAAGGAACCCAUCUUCACAACCCGAUGCAGAUCUGUGAUAGGCUGGACAGCCUCUAACAACAGUUUGAGAAUCUACUACCGGCACGGUGAGUGUGUUGUCAUCAGGACCAUCGAUCAUGACAUUGUCGACGAGGUGAAGGAGAUAUGUCAGCGGCUUGUAGCCGUCACGCAGGGCGUAGAGGUGAGCCAGCCUGUCCCUUAUCCUUCACACAGUAUUCAUGCUGCCAGUGGGCACAUCUCUCCUUCCUGA